UUCCGUGGCGAUUGGAAUAUUCUUCGCAAUUAGGGACAAGCGUCACAACACGACGACAAAUUAUUUCCUAGGUAAUCGCAAGCUUGGUGCGUUUCCUGUUGGACUAUCGUUCGUUGUUACGUUCCAAUCGUCCAUCCUUAUUUUGGGGUUUCCGGCGGAAGCAUACGCAUAUGGCCUCCAAUAUGCAAUGCAAUGCAUCGGCGUCCUGGCCGGUUACCUAUUAGCCGCGUUGAUAGCCGUCCCAAUUUUCCACCCGCUAAAAAUCACCAGCGUCUACGAAUAUUACCAACUACGUUACGGAACAAACGCGGUGCGUUAUGUCGCGCUGACGUUGGGCGUUAUUCACUACACGUUCUACAUGGGCAUAGUCAUGUAUGGGACGGCGCUGGCCCUUGAGUCGGCGGCGGGUCUUCCCCUGUGGUCGUCUAUAGUGAUGUUCUCCUUAGUCGCAAUCAUCUACACGUCAAUCGGGGGGUUCAAGGCCGUUAUCUGGACAGACGUUUUUCAGUCGCUUAUCAUGAUCAUAGGCAUUCUCGCAGUUCUGAUCAAGUGUACCAUUGAAGCCGGUGGGCCCGCAAAUAUCGCUCGACUCAGCAGCUCCCGAGUGAACCUGUUCAACUUCAAUCCAGAUCCGACAAUCAGGCACACCUUCUGGACUCUUGUCUUCGGCGCACCCACCCAGUUUUUUUACUUGGCCAUCACACAAGCCGGUAUUCAGCGUAUCAACUCGACUCCGACCAUGAAGGAAGCACGCCGGGUGUUCUUUAUUGCAGCGCCUAUUUACGCACUAACAUGGAUACUUGCACUGUUCCAAGGACUCACAAUAUUUCAUACUACAGCAACAAAGGUUGUGACCCACUCGGCUCAGGUCAAAUUAAGAACUUGAAUCAGAUCGUUCCGUUUACAAUGCUGGAACUGUUUCAUGAUAACCCGGGAUUACCUGGGCUUUUCAUUGCUGCCCUGUCGGCCGCUUCGUUGAGCACCAUCUCAUCAGGACUUAAUAGUCUAGCUGCUGUCACUUACGAAGACUUCAUCAAAGCUUUUGCACCGAACAUAAAAGACACAACCGGUGCCAAUAUUUCCAAAUUUGUAGUCGUACUAUAUGGUUUUAUUUCUGUUGGGUUUGCUUUCUUGUUAUCCAAUGUAAAAGGACCACUAGGUCAGGUUCUGGCAGCAUUUAUGGGAGCAGUCAGUGGGCCGGAGGCUGGCUUGUUUUUGGUGUCAGUUUUUAUCUAUAAAGCGCGACCGAAAGUUGUAAUCAUAGGAACUUUAACAGGGGUUGCAUUUACAUUAUGGUUAACGUGUGGUCAGAACUUUUCGGCAUCUAUACCAAAUACCCCUUAUCUCCCCUCCGGUCCAACGGACCAAUGCCCCAGAAAUUCAAAUAUUACAUACAGGUAUUCUUACUCAAAUAGUACCAUUUGGUAUUCAAACAACACUAACGAGAACGAAUAUUCUGUACGCAUGAAUAUCUUUCAUACCUCAACGGAAUCCGGCCAUUCUGAGAUUCCGUCUCGCUCUGCCUUGAAUACGUUUUACAGUAUUUCUUACAUGUACUUUCACCUCAUUGGAGUAAUAACUGUAAUCUUUGUAUCGACGAUAAUAAGCCUGUUAAUCCAGCCCAAAAAAUCUGAACCCAUCCACGCUCACACUACACUUCCGUUUUCCAUUUUCAUCCCGCCAUUUCUUAAGAAGAGGAUUAUGGGAAAAAAGAAGAACAUACCUGCGUGGCAAAAUGGGACUGCCAAAGGGAAUGAGGAUCUUGAAGAGAGUGUCCCUUUGAAUUGAAAGAUAUAUACUGCUUAUUUUUAAGUCCGCUGAGAACUAUGGUUCGAUAAACAUCUUCUAUACACUUUUAAUUGCAUUCGGAACGCUAUCAUGAAAAUAAAACUAUUUUUUAACCUUAAAUUGCCAUAGCGAGUUCAAAUGGAAUAUAUAUAUAGUUCAUGAAUGCCUUAAUUUGUGACGGAAAAUGAUUCGAUCCGCUUAUAAACAGUAGUAUCGCUACUGGAAAUUUGACUAAAUAAGGCAUGUAAUUUCAAACAAGUUUAUUUCAGUUGCGUGUUGGUGUUUCGACAUGAUUAUAAAUAAACUAAUAACAGGUGAACAAUAAAUAUUAUCAACAUGACGAUGCGACAAAGCCCCGUUUUGAUUUAUAACACAUUAUUAUCUAUUUUCAUUGCGUUAGAAUGUUUCUUAUCGAUGCUUUAAAUAAUAACAUAACUGCUAAUUUCUGCGGUUGCAAAAUGUGAAUACUCGAGCAUCACGAAUGACGACAAAAACAAGGAUAAAUUUCCGAAGUACAAUAGAGUUGAGAAUAGGGUAACAAAAAAAGGUUUCAUAUAAACACUUGAAAAUUGAUUUUUCUAAAUGUUUUUCCGUUUUAACAUUCUGUAUUUACAGAAAUACGUCGAUACUUGUAAGAUGAAUCAUCGAUUUUGAUCGAUUGAUUUUAUUGUUGUUUAUUUGUUAUGUCAGAUGCGCCAAAUCGACAGAAUAAAGUUUUGAAAGUACAUUGACCAAACGUAUUAGACAUUUGAAAUUGAUGCUAUGAUAAGUAAACAUCGUAAUCUAAUCUAUGCUAUCAGAAAUAUGUUAAGAUUGU